CAUCUCAUCUCGUUAUUUCCACCACCAUAGCCCCACUCAUCUCCAUAAACAUUAGAGAAGAAAACAAAAUAAACAUGCCUGUGUUCAUCCCAAAGAGAAUGCCUGAGUUCAACACGAAGGGAAUGCCUCAAAACAUGAUUGAGGCGGAAAAGCAUAUAAGGGAAAUAUUGAAAAAAGCAGAUGGUGAUGGAGACGGUUAUCUGAGCAAGAAUGAUCUUAAGAAAGCUUUCAAGGAAUUUGGUUCCAAGUUACCCGCAUGGAGAGCAUGUCAUUGUCUUCGGAAAGCUGACACCAACAACGAUGGACUAGUCGGUGGGAUAGAGCUUGACAUUGUCGUUGAUUAUGCUCUUGCUAAGUACAAGUUCAAUUAGCAAUGAUUAGGCAACCGUGUUUUAUUAUGAGUAUAUUUGGAUACAAGUUUAAAAAUAUUUUUGAGAGUUUAUUUAUAUGAUGAAAAUAUUUUUUAUUUUCAGUUGAGAAACUCUUUAAAACAUUUUUAAAUUGUAUCGGAUCACUUAAAUAAACGGUGUGUACCUACAUGGAAACUAACGUAGAUGAGUUCACUGAUGAAAACUAAGAUAGAGAUAUGGUUGAUUUUGUUAGCUGGGCGAUAACCCAUAUGAUCAGGUUUAAGUCAACUCAUUUGUAGUGAGAAAAAAAAAGUUGAUUAAGUUUUUUUUUAUGUGAUUGAUAUAAAAUAUCUAUUUAUUCUUAUUGAUCGAUCAUUAAUCUUUUGUUGGAGA